CUCGGGGGCGGGGCCUGGGCACAAGAUGGCUGCCGCGCGCCCGGAGACCUCGAGUCCGAGCUCAGCGGCCCCGGAGCCGCGAUCCCCGGAGCCGCCGGACCUGGUCCUGGUGCCUGAUGAUGGCCACCCCACCACACCCCCGAGUGACCUCAUCGAGAUCCAGGUGGUGAAGGUGACAGACACCACGCUGGUGCCUGAGCCCCCAGAGCCAGGUUCUCUUCACUGUGCCUUGUGCCCAGCUGCCUUCCGGCUGGUCUCUGAGCUGCUGUUCCACGAACAUGGCCACCUGGCCCAGGCGGAGGGUGGCAGGCAGGGUGGGGACCCCAGUCGGUGUCAUGUGUGUGGCCACAGCUGUCCGGGCCCCGCCAGCCUCCGUGCCCACUACAGCCUGCACACCGGAGAGCGGCCCUACCGCUGCGCUCUCUGCCCCCGGGCCUUCAAGGCCCUGGCGCCUCUGCUGCGGCACCAGCACCGACACGGGGUGGAGCCGGGGACCUCACAGAGGCCCCCAGAGGCGGCCGCGGCGCGGGACCCGAGGCCCGGGGUGCCCCAGGAGAGGUCGGAGGUGGUGAUGGCGGCGGCGGCGGCGGGCGCGGCGGUGGGGAAGCCGUUCGCCUGCAGGUUCUGCGCCAAGCCGUUCCGCCGCUCGUCGGACAUGCGAGACCACGAGCGGGUGCACACGGGCGAGCGGCCCUACCACUGCGGCGUCUGCGGCAAGGGCUUCACGCAGUCCUCGGUGCUGAGCGGCCACGCCCGCAUCCACACCGGGGAGCGCCCCUUCCGCUGUGCCCUCUGCGACCGCACUUUCAACAACUCGUCCAACUUCCGCAAGCACCAGCGCACCCACUUCCACGGGCCGGGGCCGGGACCGGGGCUGGGAGACUCUGGAAGCCAGCUGGCCUCGGGGGCCGAGGGGUCAGGGAGCGGGUGUGGCGCAGGAAACACUCUGGAAGAGGGACGUGGGGAGACAGCCAAGGUGAAGGUGGAGGUCGACCAGUAGGCUGAGGGAGCAGGGCCGCCCGGGCGUUAACAUGGGAAGGAGGAGGCAGAUUCCACAGGAAGAGGGGUGGGAAGAGGAGACAGGGGACAGAAAAGGGAAGAUUGGGGGAGAGAUGACCCAAGAGCUAACCGAGAUAGUCAUGCGCAUCCUGAGAGCAGAGGAAGAACGCGGUUCAGGAUGCCCACAGACCCGCACAGCACCUCUGUCAGACUCAGAGAAAGGCACAGAUGCAGCCCUGUGGAUGCCCUGCUAAAUGCAAGGAACACAGGCUGGAUUUCAUUGCCCCCAUUUGCCUGCUCAUUGGGCUGUCCUUAUGCAGGACACAGCAGCUUCUUGUCUCAGCAGAGCCUGGGCACUCCAGAGGGCAAGCCAGGGUUGAGUGGAAGGGGUGGAAUCGGGGUGUGCCAUAGUGUUCCUGGGCCAGCCCUUCGUCUGCAGAACCGUGGACUUAUGAUGGGGGCUCCCUAGGGUGGACUAGGAUGGAACCUCUUGCCUACCUCACUGGAUUGCACUGAACAUGGGAUGCCUACCCACCCCCAGGCAGAAGACGUCCACCAGGUUCUCCGUAAAGAGACUCUGGGAUCCUAGCACCUCGAAGCCAGAGGGUCUCCAAGUCAUAGCCGAGAGCACUCGAGCCUCAAGGAUGUGUAAGCCUGACCGUAGGGAUCUUGACUCCAAGAGCUGCUAUGCCCACUCCCAUGGUGGGCCCUCCUUCACCCACCCUGACUCCUCUUCAGAGGCAACUGAAAACCUGGACAGCAAACAGCCGCCUCAUAGCCUCCUCCUAAAGUGUUAGGCUAGGAGCCCAGGUCUACAAAAUAGCCUCAGGUUUCUCCAACUUCCUCCACUCCCAAUUUGAAGCAAACGGUUCACUGCCUGGUCCCAGGCCAUCCCAAGGACGGGCUGGGGGAUGGCGGCAUGGUGGUGGGUGUGGAAUGAGAGUCGAGUCACUGCGGUGGGGUUAAGAGGAGGACUUGGGAGCUGGAGGUGGGAAGCCUCCAGAUUUCUUUCUAUUAAAGGACUUUGACAAGCGUUUCUCUA